AACUCUGAGCUGUCGAAAUAGAAAAAUACCAGCCUUACAUUCCGCUCAUCUUUACCACCCACACUACCCACGGGUUCCAGGAAUGAACAGCAGUAGCGGCGUUUCAGCAGACCUACCUGUUACACCAGCAAUGCGUCUUUGCCAAACGGUAGCCUAUCCACCGGAAUGAAAGACAAUACGCACGGCGUUGCAUACACUGCUGUGGUCUUGGGAGCGGCGUAUACUAUUUAUAUUUAGUACGCUGAAGGUGACAUAUCCUAUAUCGAGGAAAUGGCUCGGGAACCGGCUGAGCAUCGCGUUCUACAAUACCAGCAAACUUUGAUGUAUGGGAGAUAUACCCAGGAGCUGGGAGCCUAUGCCAAAGAGGAGGCAGCGCGGCGUGAGGAUGCAGGCCUGCGCCGCACAGCUAGUGUCCGUGGCCAGGCCCCAGAACCCCUGGAGUACCAGAAGGAUCCCUGCACCAAAUGCCAAGAUUGCGCAAAGCGCUGCCGGAAGUUUCUGAUCUCGCGGGUCGGGGAGGACUGGAUCUUCCUGAUCCUGUUGGGGCUGCUAAUGGCACUGGUAAGCUGGGCCAUGGACUACACCAUCGCCUUCUGCCAGCAAGCCCAGAAGUGGAUGUACGGGGGACUGGAUAGCAACAUGUUGCUGCAGUACAUCGCGUGGGUGACGUAUCCAGUGGUUCUCAUCACUUUCUCGGCCGGCUUCACACAGAUCCUGGCCCCCCAGGCAGUGGGUUCAGGGAUCCCAGAGAUGAAGACUAUCCUGAGAGGCGUCGUGCUGAAGGAAUACUUGACAUUUAAAACAUUUGUGGCCAAAGUCAUCGGCCUCACCUGUGCCCUGGGGAGCGGUAUGCCCCUGGGGAAGGAGGGGCCCUUUGUUCAUGUCGCCAGCUUGUGUGCAGCUCUCCUGAGCAAGUUCAUGGCCUUGUUUGGAGGGAUCUAUAUGAAUGAGCUGCGGAACACUGAGAUGCUGUCUGCAGCCUGUGCCGUCGGGGUGGGCUGCUGCUUCGCUGCCCCCAUUGGAGGUGUGCUGUUCAGCAUCGAGGUGACUUCCACCUUCUUUGCUGUCAGGAACUACUGGAGAGGGUUUUUCGCUGCCACCUUCAGUGCCUUCAUCUUCAGGGUGUUGGCCGUGUGGAACCAGGAUGAGGAGACAAUCACUGCUCUUUUUAAAACCCGUUUCCGCCUCGACUUCCCCUUUGACUUGCAGGAGCUUCCAGCGUUCGCUGUCCUUGGGAUCGCCAGUGGAUUUGGGGGUGCUCUCUUUGUCUACCUGAACAGGAUAAUUGUUGAAUCCAUGAGAAAACAGAAAACUAUCAACAAGUUUUUGCUGAAAAAGCGACUGGUCUACCCUGCACUAGUCACCCUGCUGAUAUCUACUCUUACAUUUCCGCCAGGUUUUGGGCAGUUCAUGGCUGGACAGUUAACUCAACACGAGUCCCUGGUUGCGCUGUUUGAUAACCGCACCUGGUACAAGCACGGCGUCGCAGAGGAGUUUGACUUCCACCACCAGGGCUGGAAUCACCCACAGCUGAAUGUCUUCAUCACCUUGCUGCUCUUCGUCAUCAUGAAAUUUUGGAUGUCUGCUGUGGCAACCACCAUGCCGGUCCCUUGUGGAGCUUUCAUGCCAGUCUUCCUUAUAGGAGCAGCAUUCGGGCGACUUGUUGGAGAGAGCAUGGCCAUGGUCUUCCCAGAUGGAAUAACUGCCGACGGCACAGUGUACCCCAUCGUACCUGGCGGCUAUGCAGUUGUAGGUGCAGCUGCUCUUUCGGGGGCUGUCACACACACUGUAUCGACGGCGGUGAUCGUGUUCGAGCUGACGGGUCAGAUCUCCCACAUCCUGCCGGUGAUGAUCGCGGUCAUCCUGGCCAACGCCGUGGCCCAGAGCCUGCAGCCCUCCCUCUACGACUCCAUCAUCCGCAUCCAGAAGCUCCCCUACCUCCCCGAGCUGGGCUGGGGACAGGAGAAAUACAACAUCCGAGUGGAGGACAUCAUGGUGCGUGACGUGCGGCACAUGACUCUCACCUCUACCUACCGCGACCUUCAGGACGCCCUCUCCACAGCGCAGCUCAAAACACUGGCUCUGGUGGAGUCCAAUGAGUCUAUGAUCCUACUGGGCUCCAUCGAGCGCUCACAGCUUCAGUCGCUGCUCUCGCUGCAGCUGGCCCGCAGCCGCCGCCUGGAGUUCCUGCGGGAGAGGGCCCAAGACAACGGCGCCCCCAUCCCCGUCCCCGUCCCCAUCCCCGUCCCUGUCCCCACCCUAACCAACCAGGACUCUCCACCCAAAUGCAGCAGCCGGGGGGUCCGUUUUCUGAUCUCCACAGAGGAAUCCUCGUACAGCCCAACAGUCUCCAACGCUCAAAUACCUCUCAAGUCUGCCCUGAAGACUGUGGCUGCUCUCAGCAACACAGAGACGCCCAACAGCUCUCAGACUCUGUCCUGUGAGGAUCCGGAGAAGGAGCUUGUGGAGAGCAAAGCUCUGCCGGUGGCUCGUAAGAGUAGGAGGCCCAAGCGUGUCAGGAUCCCGAUGGCGGCUCUUGACGUAGAGGAUGACAUGACCACAGCUGAGAUUUCUGAGUGGGAAGAGCAUCAGCUAGACGAGCCUGUGGACCUAAAGAACUGCAAGAUAGACCCAGCACCCUUCCAGCUGGUGGAGCGCACCUCCCUACACAAGACUCACACCAUCUUUUCUCUGCUGGGUCUGGACCAUGCGUAUGUCACCAGCACGGGCCGGCUGGUUGGAGUCGUGUCUUUAAAAGAGCUGAGGAAGGCCAUCGAGGGCUCGGUGACGGUAACAGGUGUGAAAGUGCGCCCCCCACUGGCCAGUUUCCGUGACAGCGGCACGAGCACCAGCGUGGCAGAAGUGACCGAGCUGCACAAGCUGUGGAACCGGCACAGGAGCCUGUCGUUGCCACGGGAACCAAGCCCGCCCGAACUGGAGGACCAGUCAGAUUUAGCCUUUGAUGGCAGCCCAGUGUUCAGCAAGGACUGCACAGAGCUGUCCACUCAGAACACCACCCUGCAGUCGGACGACCAAUCAGAGGUGGUCUGCGAGCCAGCCAGCCCCUGCCACUCUCCGACAAACCUUCCAGAGUUGCCAUGUGACUAUGACACCGCCCCCCUGGACGGCGACCAAUCAGGGCUUGCGGAGGAGCCUUGUACCUCCACGCCUGAAGACCAACAGGAGGACAUGUGUGAAGGAGGUGCAGUUGACACAGAGGAUCUUGUAGAAUGAUACAGGUCUUAUCUUUCUUUCCUUCUUUCCCCUUCUUUAUCUCACUCUUUUUCCUCUUCUGCUCUGUUUCUCUUUCUCCUCAUCUGUCCAUGCACACAAGUAUAGGUACACAGGGUAGUCUGUAUCUUGAGGAAGCUCUAGUGAUGUCGCGUUAGGCAGCCCUGAUGACACCUUAACCACUGAGAACCCAGAGAUUUCUCCACUUUCUCCCUCUAUCUUUUGUGUUUGUGAGAUUUUUUUAAAACCUUUGAGAGUGUACCGUCACACCGGUGUGACGGGAAUGUUCGGGCAGUGAAAGUUCUAUAGAAUUUUGGGCGCCAUACAAUACAAUUUGGAAUUUUAGAAUAUUGCUUUGUUAUAGAACACAUUCUUUUUAUAGAAUGUUCAAAAACCCACACUAUUUAAGGUUAAAAAGCAGUGUGUGGGUUGGGGCACAGGUCGCACAGGUGGUUCUCUUGUCAGUUGGAUGGCAGAGGGAGAACAGGCGUCAGCACACAGCUCAUCCUAGUGGUAUAGCAGCUAGUACACCCCAAUGGUGUCCUGAAAAGGGCCUGAAAAGUGUACGGUAGAGGCCACCAGUCAGCCCACACACCCAUCUGGUACACUGACACUAUGAAUCUAAACGAGAUUGUCUCUGAGAGAGCAAAACUACAAUUUCUCUCCAAAUAUAGCUCCUAAUAACCCAAACUGAUGGGUUGGAGAGAGGGAGGGAGGACGAGGGGGGAAGGAGAACACUGGAGGGGGACUGGAGGAGACAGAGAAAAGAGUGUGAUGACGCAAGCAGCAGAUACAGACGGUGAGAAGGCAGAGGAGAGGGACAAAUAAAAGGAAGGAGUGUGUGUGUCGGGGCGUGGGGGAUAAUGGGAGGGGGGGGUGAUGGGAAUAAACGACACGUCGUCACAAACAAGAAUAAAUGCCACACUGCGGCAAAACAACAGCUCACCACACAACAGAGCCAUGGCCAAGCAUAGGCGCUUACAGCAUAUGAGGUCUUGAAGCACAGUGUAAUUUAUGCCAUUAUUUGUAUUUACCAUAUGCCAUUAUUUUGUCAGAGCCAGAGGCAGAAUCUGUGUGUUGUUGAUAAUGGGGGGGCUGGGGGGUUAUUUCAAUGGAUGUAAAUCACAUUCUUAUGCACCAGUAUCUCCAGUCUAUUCUGCAGCUCAUGCAAGACGUGCAAAAUUGUCCACCAUGGCCGUGCAUGUGCUGCUCCAUGUGUGUGUGUGUGUGUGUGUGUGUGUGUGUGUGUGUGUGUGUGUGUGUGUGUGUGUGUGUGUGUGUGUGUGUGUGUGUGUGUUAAAGUGUGCGUAUGUGUAUGUAUAUGUGCCGCAUAUGUGCGUGCCUGUGUGCGUGUGCAUGAGGAUAUGAGUGUGUAUCCCUCCUGCACAUGUAUACCAUCAUUCUUGUCAUCUGUGUGUGUGAGAGGCACACAUUUAGAGAAACAUUGCUUAAAAAGAGUCUGGCGCUUAAGAUCUUUUAUGAAUUAAUUAACCCACAGGUAUAGACAUGCAUGUGCAUAGAAUAUUUCACACACCCCACAUGCCCAUGAAGGCCAGAAUGCCUCAGUCACGGUUAUACCCUCAACUUUUUGGCCAGUGAUGUCAUUAGAGACAAUGUAGAUAACUUGUACAGUAGAGACUGUAGUUUUUUAGCCUGGGGUAGAAUUGCAUCAAUGUCUUUAGGGAUACAGUCUGAAACCCAUACAAAUUGUGAGAGAAUGGUGUAUUUUGUUACGUUUAUUUAUUUCAUUUUUAAAGAAAGCUGUGCUUGAUUCAAAGGGUCUAAUAAAUGUUGCCUUUAGUUUUAAGUGCAGCUUUUAUACAUUCAGAUCACCACAUCUGCCUCUCUAGCCAUUAUGACACAUUGAGUGCGUUCCAAUAUGCGACCUUGUGUCCUCUACUUGUGCUUGUGGCCUCGUACCAGGAUGUAAAGUGUCGUUUGACAUAAAUGACAACAGCAUUAUAUUUUAGUAUCUUGCUAAAGCUCAAUUGUUAAGUCAUUUUCUAAUUUGCAAACUGGAUGGUGAAUGAAGAAUAGUCCCCCAAAAAUUGUUGUGGCUAUAGCUGACAGCGGGGGAAACUAGAGGAUGACAUUUUUCGGGAAUUCCCGUGGGUCCCGCGGAUCCCACAGGAUUCCCGCGGGAUAGGAGUCAAAAUUUUAAAAAUGAACGGGAUCGGGCAGGAGCGGGAAUAAAGAUGAAUGGGAGCUGGCAGGAGCGGGAAUAAGAAUGACGAAAAUGAAUGAUUUUGAGUGGGAGUGGGUGGGAUUUGGAGACAUUCUUACAGGAUGGGACGGGAUGGGAUUCGUUUCUUUUACUCCAGCCCGGUAUGGGACGGGAUGGGAUUUUUUUUCUGGGACCGGGAUGGGAAGGGAGCGAAAAUCCACUCCAGUGUCAUGCUCUUGGGGAAACUUAACUGUUUUCUCCAUGGAGGCAGGGCAUCAGCAUAACGUGAGGUCAUAUAUGCACAAGUGGAGGACGCAAGGUCGCAUAUUGGAACAGACCCAUUUGCUCCUUACUUCCUGUCUCGUUUAAAUUGCUAAAAUGCAAUAAUAUGUGUCUAAGUUUUGGAAUGUAUUGCCCGCUAUACAGGUUUAUUUUUGGUGACCUUAUCAUAGAAUGUAUAGUGUUUUAGGUGAUGAAGUGCACAUGCAGUAGAGAGAAGCAAUAAGUUUGCAUACUGUCCAUGGCCCUGAAUGCUCUUUAUAAUCCGACUGAAGAAAUGUGAAUGAAAUUAAAACUUAAAACUCCUAAUGUGUAUAUAGAACAUAUGCAUAAAAACCAACAGUUGACAUUAUUUUUAAGAACACAUUGAAUUUUUUUGUACAUCAGUGAAGCAUUAAAUUCAAUCUUUAAACUUUAA